ACCUAAGAGUAUAAUAAUGCUUUGGUCAUUGAAUUUUGAAAUUGGAUUUUCUCGUACUAUAGGGAAAUCCCACACACUCUUUGGGGAAAUCCCUCAAACUUAUUGAAUUUUAACCUAAUAGUAAUAACUAUUUCACCUUGAGUUAUUACUUCGUUGGGCUUGAUAAUUUUUUGAAAAUAUAUAAACUAUAUGUAUCUACUUAUAUUUUUCAAAACAAUAAUUCAAAGAGCAUUAUGAAAAAUGAAGUGACUGCACAAACUCGCUCGCAUAAAUUGCUUUUGUCGCGUCGGCUUUUUAGGGAAUACUGUGUGUUUUGGCUUAUCUCUUUAAUAUUUUGUCGACUAAUGUGCGGUUUAAACGUGCACCGACGUGUUAUGUUCUUUUUUUAUAAGAAAUUUUAGUGUUAAAUCUCAAAAUUCAAUGAAAGUCUUUUCAUUAUCCACGUUAUCAAGUAGAGAUUGUUAACGACAAGUAAGAUGUGUAGCUACUAAUCUUUGCGGGAUUAGCCUUGGGAAGGGACAAGAGACGGCCAUAACCGAAGAGUUCAAGACUUCAUGGAGACUGAUAAAGAUAGAAAAAGAGUGCAAAAAGUAAUGACCAGAGUAAAAAUUAAAGAAAACUGACUGUAUUCCAAUUUUCUAGUACCUUCUUCAUAAGGUACAUAUCUAAUCGGUAUCAUUAAUAAUGUUAUAAAGUGCCUGCCUAUCUACAUUGACUAUGGGCGACAUCAUUGAAUUUGUCACAUCUCCAUCACUGGGUCAUCGGUGCUUCAAAAUACAAUCCAGUGGGAUCAAUUUUGAUAUUAAGUCUUUUUACUAUGCUGCUAUAGUUUUGUCAAAAAAAGGGGAAAAUAUGGAUCAUAUUUGGAUUAUAAUACGUAAUGGUGUCAGUUGGGUUCAAAGAAUGGGUCACAACAGAGUGCUAGCCAAGACUCCAGGAAUUCUAUCUGGAAAUUUUUAUAGUAGAUUUUGGUUGACAUGGUCUGGAGAUAUUAUUACUUUUGGAAAAAAUGGACAUGUUGAACCAAUCCUAAAAUUUCCAAACAAAUCACCCAAAAGCAUGUAUGUUAGAUUUAUUACGCAUACAGAUGAACAUGCUGUACAUUGGAGAGUUGAGUUACCACCAUUGCUGAAGCAACCUUCCAUAAACCACAUAGUUAAAGGAAAAUUACGUUGGGUACCUGCUUAUACGCAACUACCUGAUGAUGCAUUAAUAGGAGGCUUUGAAAAAGAAAAAUUAUACAUCAUGAGAGCUAACCAUAGAGGAUCGUUGACGCCAGGAAAGUUAGUGCCAUCAGAAGGAGUAGGAUAUAUUGCUUGGGGCUAUGAAGCACAUGAGAAGACAGAAUUUGAGGUUUUAUGUGGAUAUAACUGCAAAUGGGUGCCUUCAAAAAAGGAUAGAAUACCAGCAGGAGCUGUGAAAGGAGGAUACUCAGAAGUACAAAGGGAAAUGUUAUACAUAGGCAGGGCAUUGCAUCGUGGGUACCUAAUUCCUGGGAAAGUUCAACCAUCACACCGAGUUUCUUACAUACCAUACAAUGGAAAAACAGUAGCCAUGGAGAAUUAUGAGAUAUUGACAGUGCCGUCUGAACGGCGAUGUAUCAACAAAUAUAUAUUACCAAAUAAAACUUCAUGUACAGAAUUUAGAAUACAGGAUUAUUACUCUGACAGUGAUCACUAUGCUGAUGAUGAUUCGUAUGAAUUUAUGAUUGAUUUUUUUAAUCCAUUCCUAGAUAUGGAUUGAUUAUUGUGGCUGUCAGUAUUUUAUGAAAGUUGUUUAGCUAUAAACACGAUUAUAAUAACAUGUGAUACUAUGUGCCUUAUACAUUUAAUUGAUUACAUACAUUUUCCAUUAUUGUGUAAUACUGAGACAAUCAAAUAAAUUAGUUUUUUAUUUAUUUAUAUAUAAACUUUAUUCUAUUAUCAA